AUGCCCCGCAAGCAUUUGCUUGCUUACCUCUACUCUCAUUCUGUAAAUAAUUCGUUGAAUGUAAUAGGAAAGCGAAUAGCUUAUUCACAAAUUAGAAAUCAAUGUUCAUCCAAUCAGCCGUCAUCUUCUACAGCUGUAUUCAUGGAAUAUGAAAGAGGUCUUCCUCAUUUGACAGUGCCUUUGCCAUCUAGACAAGAGCCCUGUCGAUUUUCUCUAAAACCUAUUUCUGAUACCGUUGGCUCACUAUGCGACAAUUUGAAGUUUGAAGAUAAAGGGUUGGAUUUCGCUGCCAUUUACUCACCUGAAGGCAUAAGAGUGGCCAACUCAACAAGUAUCGAACAUCUAUUGCUGUACGGAAGCUUCAAGAUUCGGCUAAAUGACAAAUUUUAUGAUGUUUCCAUUCCAUCAUUAUCAAAAGAUAUUCACAUUAGUAGUGAUCAAAUGAGGCAGUUGGAUGAUUUAAAAGCCACCAUUGCUACCUUACAUGCCUCACUAUGUAUUGACGAUUUUAAGAUUAAACGAGAACAGCUCAUAAUAAAGCAAUUGGAAGUAGCUGAAGCUGAACUGAAUUCUUUAAUUAUGCAUAAGCUUAAAAUUGAACAGGAAUGCGAAGCUCAUGCAGAGCGGGUUAUGUGGUGCUGUUUCUCACUUAUGGGAAUUCAAACAGGAAUGUUUGCUCGUUUGACAUGGUGGGAAUAUUCUUGGGAUAUUAUGGAACCUGUCACAUAUUUUGCUACGUAUGCCACGGUCAUAGCGACCUUUGGUUAUUACUUAUACACUCGACAGUCUUUUGAAUACCCAACAGCUCGUGAGCGUAUUUUCACGAAAGCAUUCUAUAGAAGAGCGCAGAAACAGAAAUUCAAUAUUGUCAGGUAUAAUGAACUCGUAGAAGAGGUAGAAGAUUUGAGACGUCAACUGAAGAGAAUUCGCGAUCCAAUCUUCCAACAUCUUCCUGUCAGCUAUUUGAGCAGGUUUGAUACUAACACUGACGUUAGCAGAGAUAUGAACGAGAAAUUAUAG